AUGGAUCGAAAUUCGGCGGUCACGCGCCAAACUGCUAAUAUGCGUUGGGUUCUGAAGCAUACCUUCCGAAAGAAUGAUUUCCGUCCACUUCAGCGAGAAGUGAUCUCCUCUGUCAUUGAAGGGCAUGAUGUCUUUCUCCAAGCAUCAACUUCGUUCGGGAAGAGCCUGUGUUAUCAGCUCCCUGCAGUACUAAAAGAUUGGGGCAUGACCGUCGUUGUUUGUCCGCUUCUCUCUCUCAUGACCGACCAAGUAAAUACCUUGAAAGCUCUCGGGGUCGCAGUUGCUACCAUCAAUUCCAAUACGACCCACGAGGAAAGGCAAAGAGUACUUGAGGACAUGCUUUGCGGGCACCCAAGCACGCGCCUACUCUACGUGACGCCCGAACUUUGCCAGACUGAAAACUUCCGCCGCCGCUUGCUUGUUGUCCACAAGCAAGGUCAACUUGUUCGGGUUGCCAUUGACGAGGCACACUGCAUAAGUGAAUGGGGGCAUGACUUCCGGCCGGCCUACAAGGAGUUAAGCUGGUUCAGAAAGAAUCUUGUGGGCCCAACUGUACCAAUGACUGCGCUUACCGCGACUGCCACGCCUCGAGUUCGAUCGGACAUGAUCGACAUAUUGGGGCUGAAUCCAGAGAACCUUAGGAUGUUCAACACGCCCUCAGACCGUCCAAACAUCCACUAUGAGCUUCGAUAUCUCGCCGACUUUUCCGGCGAUAAUGAGAGCGCGGAGGACAGCCAACUUGCAAACUUGCUCCGUUGGCUCAAUGCCAUCCAGGCCCGACGACAGGCCCGACUUGGUAGCGAAGAACUGGCACAGCUCCCACCAAUGUCAGGAAUUGUGUACGUGGGGACCCGGGCGAUGGCGGAGCAUCUUGCUAGCCGGCUAUCCCAUUCUUCAGAUGGGGCCGUCAUGGCCGUUGCAUAUCACGCCGGCGUGGAAGCUAACAAACGGUCCCAAAUCCAAUCGACCUGGAAGUCGUCCCAGCCGUUCCAGCCAGUGAAUGGCAGAAAGCCACCUGCCUUCGCCAUUAUUGUCGCCACUAAUGCUUUCGGAAUGGGGAUUGAUAAUCCAGAUGUCCGCUUUGUCGUACACUGGACACCACCGCGGAGUUUCGAAAGCUUUGUUCAAGAAUCUGGCCGUGCAGGUCGAGAUGGUCGCGCUGCUGCCUCACUUGUUUACUACGGUAUUCAAGAAAGGAACUUCAUAGAGACCAUGAUAUACCGAGAUACUGAAUCUCACCGCGCAAACAGUGUUGAGAACCGAGAAGCCAAGCUUGAAAGUUUUGGCAAGGUUAUUCGGUAUUGCGAAAGCAUCACGCGGUGCAGGCACGAAUUGAUCAAAGAGUUCUUCGGUGAUUCCGAGCUGGAAGAAAUGGGAUCACAGCUGCCAGCACGAGAACAUGUGCCUGUUGCAAGCUCAUCGCCUUGCGAUUUUGCCUGCGAUUUCUGCAAGGAAGGCCGUGCUGGAUUGGCAAAGCGCCGGGAGAAAAUGGCAUCUGAGACUCAGAUGGCUCUUCUAUAUGCGGAUUUUGAUUGA